AAGGGACAGGAGACCCGGGUCGAACCAAGGUGGCGCCACACCAAGACCGGCGUGGGGCUUAGGCAACUUGAAAAAGUAGUUGCUCUGACCAAGCUGAGCCGCUCUCCACAUUAAUGAUGAAUCCGUCCACUCCCAUUCCUGCGCUGGCUGCUGGGGGAAAGCCUCCUGAUCAGCAGGGCGGAAGAGGCGGGGCUCACGGCGGAAGUCCCUCCCCCGCUUGGAUCACGCGAGAGAGGCUGAGUUCACGCCCAGGAAGCAUGGCACUCUGGCGGGCAUACCAACGAGCCCUGACUGCUCACCCGUGGAAAGUACAGGUCCUGACAGCUGGGUCCCUGAUGGGUCUGGGUGAUGUUAUCUCACAGCAACUGGUGGAGAGGCGAGGUGUACACAAACACCAGAUUAGCCGGACCCUGACCAUGGUCUCUCUGGGCUGUGGCUUUGUGGGCCCUGUAGUAGGAGGCUGGUACAGGGUUUUGGACCGGCUUAUCCCUGGCACCACCAAGGUGGAUGCUCUAAAGAAGAUGUUGUUGGAUCAGGGGGGCUUUGCCCCAUGUUUUAUAGGCUGUUUCCUCCCACUGGUAGGGACACUCAAUGGACUGUCAGCCCAGGACAACUGGGCCAAACUCCAGCGGGAUUAUCCUGAUGCCCUCAUCACCAACUACUAUCUCUGGCCUGCUGUGCAGCUAGCCAACUUCUACCUGGUUCCCCUUCAUUACAGGUUGGCUGUUGUCCAGUGUGUUGCUGUUAUCUGGAACUCCUACUUGUCCUGGAAGGCACAUCAGCUCUAAGAUUGCCUCCAUUGCUUUCACCUUGCAGUGAUGCAGCUUGACCCUGGAAUGGUCAGAUGACCUCCUCAAAGUGGGCACAUUAGUUUUCAUGGGGUUCAGUUGCUGGUCAGAACUUAAUGGAGUCAGCACAAUGAAAUGGCCCAUUUCACUCUGAAAUGUAAACUGACUCCUUUUGAAUCACUAAAAUCUUCAUAAUGGUCUUAUGCCCACCAUAUAGUGGGCAGUCCAUAACUAUUUGUUGUACCACAUGAUCUUGGCAACUUUAGUUUAUUCCAUAUCCCGGCAAUACCAUUUAUUCCUGCUCUUCAUUGAUACAUGUUUUUAUAACCAUUCCCAGCCUAGUGUAGCUCUUUGGGGAUCCCCUCAAACUCCUUAUGCAGUACCUCCAUUAAUAUUUUGUAAUAAAUAUUAAUAAAAAUGUAAUCGAACCUGCAGAGGCAAUGAGUAAUACCCAACAGAAAAAUACAGGGGAGUUGAAAUUUCUAGAGAUAGAAAGAAGCCUAGAGACUACCAAGCCCAAUAUUUUACAGAUGAGGACACUGAGGUCCAUAGAAGUGAGGCAACCUGUCCCCACCACAAGUUAAGUUGCAGAAUAGAAACUUGAACCUAUGGCCUAUAGAUUGAAUUUUUGUAUAACCCCCAAAUUCAUAUAGUGAAAACCUAAUGUCCAAGGUGAUGCUAUUAGUAGGUGGGACCUUUGGGAGGUGAGUAGGUCUUGAGGGCAGAGCUCUCCUGGGGUUAGUGUCCUUAUAAAAGAUGCCAUGUGAAGACACAGCAAGAAAGUACCAUCUGUGAACCAUUAAGCAGGUCCUCACCAGACUGAAUCCAUUGGUGCCAUGAUCUUAAACUUCCCAGCCUCAAGAACUCUGAGAAAUAAAUGUUUGUUGUUUAGUGUUUAGCCACCCUCAAGAACUCUGAGAAAUAAAUGUUUGUUGUUUAGCCCUGCCGGUG